AUAAAAUUGUCGGUCAAAGCGCACAACGACACAAAUCUUUUAUGUUUCCAUACAAACUGUUCAAUUUGGCAAUAAAAGUGGAUCAUUUAAUCGCAGUUAAUGAUAAAUUCGAAUGUACGUAAAAAGCUAAUUAGGCGCGCACCUGCCAAAAUUACCAAAAUGGCGCCUUGCGUGGGUGGUGAAAACAAACAAGAUUUGUGUUGACUUUUAUAUCAGGAACUAAGAUUAUUUUCUAUGAAAAACACUCGAGAGAGAAUGGGUUGGCGAUAGAAAUAUGAAAAGUGCUAGUGAUUCGGACGUGUUAUCUCAGAAUAAUAUGCAAAUACCUGGAUUAUUUAAAGUGUAUAAAGAAAGUGAAUCGAGUUCACAAAACGCUUCCUGCUCCAAAACCCAGGCAAUCAUGUGAUGGUUAAGAGGUUUCAGGUUCUUCAUUUUCACAGCCAUUGAACUUUUCCUAUCUAGGACCAACCUUGCAAACACAAAACAAGAAUGUGGUGAGAACGGGAGCGCCAUGCAAUGCGUCGCCUAGACGAUGAUCCUUCCAAGAACGUCGGGGUCACGCCAGAAAUCAUCAAGGGCAGCGGCUUCAACGUGCCACAAAGCAUGAUGGGUGCAUCAGGUCAGGCGACGGGCCCGGAUAUGGAGUCGGCUUCUGUCUCGAUAAGCGUGUCGCUGUCCUGUUCGCAAGAAAACUUGAACGUUCCGCAUGAUUCCUCACCGGAAACUGUGAUUCGUUCGAGGGAGAUUUAUGGUGGUGGGAACAUGCUGAACGUUGGACCAAAGUUUAUCCCGUCUGCUCGGAGUUUCGAAAGUGCCUUAGGCGACGACAGUGGGCGACAGAGUCAGGGCCAGGUGGACGCUCGUCAGUUCUUUGGCAGUGCGGCACAGAGCUUUGAGAGUACUUUGCCACGGUACAAAAGUUAUGAACAUAAUCUGGACACUAGUGGGGGUAGGCUACUCGAGCCUGUGGUUCCGGAAAAAAGUGACCGAAGCCUGAAAAAGUCAAAAUUGCAAAAUUAUGAGUCGGGAUCCUGUAGUAAUGUUUUGGAAAUUCCAAUAAACUACGAUACACGGCGACGGCACAGCUUUGGGGGCAAUGAAGAAAGGUUGGAGGCUGCCAUUUUCACAAUGAGGCAUUCCAAUUCAGGGGAGGAACCACGAAGGAAACAGGUUUUACGUAAACAAAUCGCUAUCGAUGUUGAGGAACCAUUAAGAUCCGACUCGCCCGGUAAGGUGUCCCCUUUUAGUGUGACUGUUUCGUCGGCGGAAGAGAAACGAGUGAUAUCUCAGUAUAACAUAGAUUCUCGUGUGCACCAGCUUCAAGACCAGCGUCAUAUCACUGUCAUUCGAACUACUCCAUUUUGUUUUGAGAACUCUUCAAAAGGAGACCAGAAAACGCUAGACCAAAGGAAAGAAUCGCCUGCAGCAAAAGACAAUCGGUACCAAAGACCCAGUCCUGAAAGGGCGAUGCAUUUUAAGCCAAUUAUAAGUAUCAUAUCAAAUGAGUCGGGAAUCUCUCCCCAGUUUGGAUCUCAGUAUUUAGUGCCAAUAAGGGACUUUUCCAUAGGACGGGGAUUCUCUAGCGGAUCCGAAGAUUCGCCGGGACCAAGUAGUCGGGAACCUUCCCCUUUCCGAAAGGAAGCCCUUCGUGCAGUUUCCCCCUACAGCAAGGAACGUUACAGACUCUCCACGCCGACCCCUGUCAUCAAGAAACCGAUGAAAAAAGAAGCGUGGGAAAUGGGAUACGAAUUUAACAAGCAGAGUUCGUCGGGAUCGUCUGACGCUGGCUCAAGUGGGGGAGUGUCGACGUACCCUGAGUACUUUGCUAGCAUCGUGAUUACCAAUGAAACAGGCGAGACUGUCAACUGUAAAACAGAGGAUUUUCAUGAGAGACUUGAAGUCCCUGAGGGAAUGCACAGGCGACAUGUGCAUCCGGGAAAUUUCAAGAAGCAUUUACAUGCUAGGUACCUGGACAGUUUACGGAGCAGUUGGUCUUCAUCCUCAACAGACACGUCCCAGGAGCAUCUAUCGCAGGAAAAGUCAGACUCGUUCAAUCGUUCAUCGAGCGAUGUGUUUGACAGUACUGAGACCGAUGGAAAAGAAGGGUACCUACGACCGAUUCUGUGUGUGCGGGGCAGCUCAGAGACCUGCGCCAGUGAUGAUAAUGACGUUCAAAUGGAGUCGGUCAUAAAGACGUCACCAAGAUCUAGUCACAUUCACGAACAGCAAGCGUUGGACUUGUCACAAAAAUUAUCUUCUGACUCACAAGGUCUGGCGCACCUUGACAAGACGAAACAUGUUAUAUCUGGUCCAAAAAUUUCGGUAGAUUCCCCAUCAAAAGUCCACUCCUCUGUGCGUCAGGGUUUAAGUUCACACGGUUUAGUAGCUAGAUCUCAUUUGGGUCACCAUACGCACAGUGACCCUGAUUUGCUCAGCCCUUCCCCGUCUGUUUUACAGGCUAGUUCACCGUCAGUGUAUCAGCGCUCCACGCAUUUACUGCCGCAGUUGACUACCAACCCGCAGUCACCAUUGUGUUCAGUACCUGAGGGUGAUCGCGUGUUUCAAUUCAGUUUUUCUAGUCCAUUCGAAGGGGCGCACCUGCAUGUUCAGUCUGAUCCGGAGUUCGGGAGCCCAAUGUCUCCCGGUCUCCUUUUUACUUUCCCACCCCGGGGAACAAUUUCCAACUCAACCUCGGAUUUAAACCAAAUGGGUGUGUCCACUCGGGCUUUUUAUCAAAAUGCUGCACAUCACAUGCACAAAUCUCAUCAAAAUCAUUCCAUGAGCUUCGAUUCUGCAAACAUUUUGCAAAUAGAUCAGAGGCGAGCAAUGUCAGAAACGGAAGCUUACCUGUGUAGAAUGUGCAGUCAAGUUUUUCCUUCGUAUGACAAUCUUGCUAAGCAUAUGGCAAAGCAUCUACCGACCGAAACAGUGCGGACUGGGGAUAAUAAAAUUCAUUACUGUAAAGUGUGCAAUAAAUCGUUCUCACGUAGUGACAUGCUGACUCGGCAUAUGCGCUUACACACAGGCUUGAAGCCGUACGAGUGUUCAGACUGCGGGCAGGUGUUCAGUCGUAGCGAUCAUCUGAACACCCACAAACGUACACACACCGGAGAAAAACCGUAUCGUUGUCCGCAGUGCCCGUAUGCUGCCUGUAGACGGGACAUGAUAACGCGGCAUCUCCGUACGCAUAUCAAGCGAUCUGCAAAACGUGGAAAGUAUCUAAGUGUUCCUGAAAGGGAGGCACACGAAGUGCGAAAAAGUAGUUUGAGUAGUACGGACACCACGUCAAGUCUAGAAUUGUCGAGUAGGACAUACUCAUCGGGUGACAGUUUUGACCUUGAGGUCGGGUCAGGGUCGAUUUCCAAUAUACGUAGCAAGUCUUUAGUGAGUACGGAUAGUUCAGAGAUGGAGUUUUCCACUUCAAGGACUAAGCUGUGGUCUUCCCCCAGUGCGGAAAGUGGUGUUUUCGAACAGGAGUUUUACCCAAAGGUUAAAAGUCAAACUAUCACGCAGUCCAGGUCAUUUGAAAGUCGUUUCGAUGGAAAGAAACUGUUGGCUUCACACCAAUUUCGCCAGAUAAGGAACGUUUCAUCGACUAGUUUUGAGAGUUUUGAGUCCCCGGAUGAUGUGUUAUCUCAUACAGACUCCAUUGCUGAAGAGGCAGGAGAAUCGUCUCUUGGGGAUGACACCUCGAAUCUUCCAAUCGAGCCGGAAUCUCUAGAAAAAUGUUCUUUAGUCGAAAAAACGGGCGAUAGUGCAUGUUAAGUCUUUUUUAGUUUCAUUAAAUUUGUCGCUGAAUAUGAGGUCCUUAAAGGUUCGAGUAUAUUUGUUAUAUUUAAUUGAAAAGGACAUGAAUUAAAUAUUGUUGAUUUUUUUAAGAUGUUCGGGCCAACAUUUUUAAAUUAUUUGUUUUACGGAAACUUUUUUCAAUAAAUACUAAUUGGGUGGAAGACUUAUAAAUAGAAAAAACUUACUUUGACUCAUUGAACAUGAAAAUAAAAAUAUAAAAAUUAUUAACAGUAUGAUUUUUAACCAGGUUUUUAACCAGGUUUUCCGAAGGAAAAAACUGGUUAUUAGAUUGGCGAAUGCGGGCGGGCUGGCUUGCUGGCUGGCUGGCUGGCUGGCUGGCUGGCUGGCUGGCUGGCAGGCUGGCGGGCGGGCGGAACAAGCUUGUCCGGGCCAUAACUAUGUCGUUCAUUGUCAGAUUUUAAAAUCAUUUGGCACAUUUGUUCACCAUCAUUGGACGGUGUGUCGCGCGAAAUAAUUACGUCGAUAUCUCCAAGGUGAAGGUCACACUUUGAGUUCAAAGGUCAAAAAUGGCCAUAAAUGAGCUUGUCCUGGCCAUAACUAUGUCAUUCAUUGUGAGAUUUUAAAAUCAUUUGGCACAUUUGUUCACCAUCAUGGGACGGUGUGUCGCACGAAAGAAUCACGUCAAUAUCUCCAAUGUCAAGGUCGCCACGACUAAAAAUAGAUUUUUUUUUAAAACAAACUUACAAAGGGGGUUACUUUUGUUUGUUCAUUUCAAAAGUUCAGUUUGAGUUUUCUCCCUUUAUCAGAUUUUUUUUUCACAAUGAAAACCUGGUUUUGUGACAAUUUUGUCCCUUGUUUUUUAAUUCGUAGAAGAAAAAAAACCAUCAUUUCAAGAAUUUUUUGUUUUAAAUGCAUAAACUCUGAAGUUGAAAUGCUAACAUUACUCGUUUUAAGCUCAUCUAUUUUAAUUUUUUUUAAAUUAUGAGCUUAUUGUCAUCACCUUGGCCUCGGCGUCAGAGUCCGGUUAAGUUUUGCAUUUAGGUCCACUUUUUUCAUAAAGUAUCAAUCCUAUCGCAUUCAAACUUGGUACACUUACUUACUAUCAAGAGGGGACUGGGCAGGCAAAGUUAGAUAACUCUGGCUUGCAUUUUGACAGAAUUAUGUGCCCUUUUUAUACGUAGAAAAUUGAAAAUUUUGGUUAAGUUUUGUGUUUAGGUCCAUUUUAUUCCUUAAGUAUCAAAGCUAUUGCUUUCAUACUUGCAACACUUACUAACUAUCGUAAGGGGACUGUGCAGGCAAAGUUUUGUUACUCUGACUGGCAUUUUGACAGAAUUAUGUGCCCUUUUUAUACUUAGAAAAUUGAAGAUUUGGUUAAGUUUUGUGUUUAGGUCCACUUUUUUCCUAAAGUAUCAAAGCUAUUGCUUUCAUACUUGCAACACUGACUAAGUAUCAUAAGGGGACUGUGCAGGCAAAGUUAUGUAACUCUGACUGGCAUUUUGACGGGAUUAUGGGCCCUUUAUACUUGAAAAUUUGGUUAAGUUUUGUGUUUUGGUCCACUUUACUCCUUAAGUAUCAAAGAUAUUGCUUUCAUACUAGGAACACUCGCAAACUAUCAUAAGCGGACUGUAAAGGACAAGUUGCAUAACUCUGGUUGUCAUUUUUACGGAAUUAUGGCCCUUUUUUGACUUAGUAAUUUGAAUAUAUGGUUACAUUUUGUGUUUAGAUCCACUUUACUUCUAAAGUAUCAAGGCUAAUGCUUUCAAACUUCAAAUACUUUCAUGCUAUCAUGAGGGUACUGUACCUGGCAAGUUGAAUUUUACCUUGACCUUUGAAUGACGUUGACUCUCAAGGUCAAAUUAUUAAAUUUUGCUAAAAUUGCCAUAACUUCUUUAUUUAUGAUUAGAUUCGAUUGAUACUGUGACAAAACAACUCUUACCUGACAUACCACAAUAGACUCCACCCCGGUAGGGUGGCAUAUAGCAGUUGAACUGUCUGUCAGUAUGUCAGUCAGUCUGUACGUCCGUCCGUCAAACAUUGGCCAUAACUUUAUCACUUUUGAAGAUAGCAACUUGAUAUUUGGCAUGCAUGUGUAUCUCAUAAAACUGCACAUUUUGAGUGGUGAAAGGUCAUGGUCAAAGUCAUCCUUCAAGGCCAAAUUUCAAAUUUAUGGUGUCUGUCUGUCCGAAAACUUUAACAUUCGCCAUAACUUUUUCAAUAUUGAAGAUAGCAUUUGAUAUUUGGCAUGCAUGUGUAUCUCAUGGAGUUGAACAUUUUGAGUGGUGAAAGGUGAAGGUCAUCCUUCAAGGUCAAAUGUCAAAUAUAUGGCGUCUGUCCGUCUGAAAACUUUAACAUUGGCCAUAACUUUUUUAAUAUUGAAGAUAGCAACUUGAUAUUUGGCAUGCACUUGUAUCUCAUGAAGCUGCACAUUUUGAGUGGUGGAAGUUCAAGGUCAAGGUCAUCUUUCAAGGUAAUUAUUAUUUUUUUUAAUUUCAAAGCGGCGUUCUCAUGAAGCUGCACAUUUUGAGAGGUGGAAGGUCAAGGUCAUCCUUCAAGGUCAAAGGUAAAAAAAAAACAAAAAAACUUCAAAGCGGCGUUCUCAUGAAGCUGCACAUUUUGAGUGGUGGAAGGUCAAGGUCAUCCUUUAAGGUCAAAGGUAAAAAUAAUAAUAAUUUCAAAGCGGCGUUAUCAUGAAGCUGCACAUUUUGAGUGGUGGAAGUUCAUGGUCAAGGUCAUCCUUCAAGGUCUAAGGUAAAAAAAAAUAAAAAAUAAAAAUUUCAAAGCGGGGCAAUAGUGGGCAUUGUGUUUCUGACAAACACAUCUCUUGUUUUUUUCAAACAUGGUAAAAAACACAAAUAUUUAUUUUUAUUAUUUUAUUUUUGAAAUACCAUCCAACCAUCCCACCCAAGAUUAUCCCCCCCCCCCCAUUUUUUGCAUUUUUGGAAGAUAAUGUAACAAAUGACCACACCCCCACACUAUACACCCCUCUCCACUCCACCUCUCCCUCCUUUAUGAUUGAAAUUGAGAUAGGUCCCUACACCUUUAAAAAGAAAAAUAGAUGAGCGGUCUGCACCCGCAAGGCGGUGCUCUUGUUUAUUUUUCCAACGCAUUCAUUUUUCCUGUAAUGCAAAAUAUAUUUAAUUGAGCAUGCAUUUUGAGUAAACUUGUAUCAUGUUAUACACUUUAUUAAUGCGCUUUCCUUGAAAAUGACUUGCAAUAUCGGCAACAUUCCGUUAGUCAGCGUGUUGUAGCGAACAUAAUAAGCAGACAGUGCACCAGCUAGGCCUUUAUGGAAGGGCGCCGCACCGUGCUCUUCCAAAGCCCCGCCCUGCCCUUUUAUUACUUAAAAAAAAAAAUAUAUUUUGUUUAAGACAUGUUAUAAUUUAUAAAUCUCUUACCGUAAAACGUUGUGUAUAACGCGCAUUUAUGUAUAACGCGCAUCUACUUUUUUAAGCUAAAAAAUCGGGAAAAAAUGUUUUUGAAGCAAAAAAAUCGGGGGAAAAAUUCUGUACCGCAGGCUAACUGAAAAUCGUUAUAUUUACAUUUCCGAUCUUACGUGUUCUUUUAUUGCUUCAAUUAUUAAUUAUUUUAAAGACGGUAACGAUACAACUAGUUUGUGUUUUUUUCAAAUCAUAUUAUGCGUAAAAAUAAAUGUUUGGAUUUAAAUGAAUUAUGCAUGAAAUGCACAAUUUCCACGAGGAUACCAUCAAGGUUUUCAUCAUAUGUCUCGGAAGUAACUGUCCACGAUUUUAUCGUGGAGUACACAUAACGGAUGGAUUAGUUAUAACUAAGAAACUGACAUUAUUGAUUGGUAUUGUCAAGUGGUUAUUCAUGCAUGACUAAUUCACAACCGCGCGUUUUAUUAACAAUGCCGAUAUCAUGCGUUCUUUUCGAGUGUCUAUAAUUGACAGGAGACUUUAUCCACUCAAACUUCUCAACACCAUUACAACAUUACCGGCGAUAAACAAACAAUGGAUGUGUGAAGCCGUUUGCCGGUUCGCAUGUUUUGAUAAUAGCCCAGCUACACAAAACUUGACAGGUGACGCAUAUUUCUCGAUAAUCACAUCCUCAAUCUUGACAAGACGUAUGAAAACGUGUAAACAAACACUGGAUCAAUUUUAUUAACACAUUUGAAAAGCAAGAAAAAUAAUCAUAAAUAUAUCAGGAAAUACCUUGCCGACAUACUAUUGUAAAUCGACAAGUGCCCCCAAAUAAAUUGUGUAACCCUAGUACAGUAGGGUAUAAUAUUGUGGGAAAACAAUAACAUUUAAAUAAAAAUGGCUUCCUUGUUUUUCAUUCUCUUCUUCAAAUUUAUUUGAUUUCAAUGCUCUGUACGUACCUGAAAAAGAUAGAAAAUAUUAAUGUUAACUUUAUAAUGUUUGUCCAUCUUAUUCAGAUCCUAAAUAUAACACUAUUAUUAACAUAGUUACAGUUAAAACACCGGAAAAUAGAAUGAUGGGAAUUACCGCUACUGGGUAACUGACGGAAAAAAUGUCUUGGCAUGGCUGUAGUUGUGCAUAACGCGCAUCAAGUUUUUAAAAUGAAAUUUUGGGGUAAAAAAGUGCGCCUUAUACACAACUUAUUACGGUAUUACAUUGUAAUUAAUUUAUUACUCAUUGUAGACAUUUUAUUUGCAUGGUUUAAUAAUAAUGGCAAUAAUAUUCAAACAGUAAUUAAUGACAUAAAAUUAAAUAUGCAACAGGGAGCAUUCCAGAUACGACCGCGCACUCGGAAGUGCCCUUUUGACAUAAUUCUACACAUUGAAAGUGCCCUUUUGACAAAAAAGCCCCCCCUGCCCUUUUCAAAUCCUAGCUGGAGCACUGAACAGAUAAUCAAUAUGAAUUUGAUUAUAAACAGAUCAGCUGACAAUAAAUAUAUCAAGGCAUGUUUAUUACUUGCCAGUGUUGGUCAAUAAUAAUCGGGGAUUAAUUUUUCUGAAGUCUUGACAAAAAUUAUUUUCCGAAAUUUAGGGUUGGUAGUUUUGUUAUCAAAAGAUAAGAAAAUGGAGGCCUCAUUGUUGAAAGAGUGUUAAAUUCAGGACAUUAAGCAAAACAUGUUCUCUUUAUGGUGAGAUUGUUUAAGUAUGUGCUACAUUUGUUGUUUUGUUUGUUUUUAAGAUUUAAUUAUGUCCAAAGGCCAUUUUGUUUUCAUUAUUUUCUCUUAUAUUUAAGCCCAUUAGUUCAUUUCAUUGUUUGUUUUACAAAUAAUUAUGUUAUUGAUAGUUGUUAACAGUUUUAAUAUCAUUUCAGCAUUAUUUUGUACGUUAUUAUUUUACGUGUUAGAAUUCAAAUAUCACAUGAUUAUAUUUACACCAUUAUAUUGAAAACUGUAUUUAAAACAUUUGAUUAUAGGAUGCAACAAAUAUUUUUUGCUUCAAAAAUUCCCUCUCAAAGCUAAAUAUUUAGCUUCUAGAGAAAGUCAUGGGCUUGAGUUUCUUGUCAUGUUUUCAUUCGAAAUUUUUAAGUUUGAGGAAUGUCAUAAUAUUUGUAUUAUUUUUGGAAACUAGCUUUAAGUGCUUUCUAUUAAGCAGUAUUGUUUUUUUUGUAGCUUAUUGUAGUUAUUUUGUUGGCAACAGUGCAAGCAUAGACAUUGUUUGCAAUAUUGUACAGGUCAAAUGUUUUUGUUUUAUUAACUAUGAUGACGAGCUGUUGGUUUGAACAUCAAAUGUUCUAAGCAAACUAGUCAUGUUUAGUACAUUUAGUUCAUUUAGUACACUGAUCGUACCGUGAUUUAACAGUUUUAAAAGACAGUGAAAGAAUUUAUUGUACAAACAAAUCAUAACACCACCAUGAAAUAAGCUUUAUUGAUAAAAUGUCUAUGUAUUUGAAAAAAAAAUUUUUAUAGAAGUUUUAAUGUUUCCUUUGGAUAAAUUUAUAGAACGAUCAUGUUUAACCCAUUUAUGCCUAGCGUCCUGAAAAAAGGACAUUGCAAACAGCGUAGACCCAGAUGAGACGCCGCAUAAUGUGGCGUCUCAUCUGGGUCUGCGCUGUUUGCUUAAAUGAAUUUCUUUAUGGAAUAUUCCAAAUAAAGAAAUAAAUAUACUUGACACCCCUAAUUUUGGAAAUAAAUUGAUCCAAUUUAGAAGGAUGGGAGAGUCCACUCGGCAUAAAUGGGUUAACCAGACCAUGACUGAGUGCAACUCUAGUCACUCGGUGGUUAUAUUUCCUCAUGCCUACAUGGUAACACACCUUAUCUUGGUCCCAACAACUGAACAAAGCAACAAUGUACCUAACAGCAUAAUAAUACAGUUUAGUUAUUUGUUUUAAAAUAAUAAUUAAUAACAUGUUAAAAUUCUCUAAUGAGUUUUUUUUUAAUAGCAACAUUUGUACGACUCAACAUUAUGAGUUUUCAUCCAAUACAAUAUAAGCCAACAUAGACUUUUACAGCAAGAUUGAAAUGUAGAAACACUGAACAAUUGUGCUAACCAUAUUUCAAGAUAAAGUGACAGCAGAAUUUAUUUAAACUUCUAUUUGAUUAACAGAAAUGCAAAUGCUGCGGGGUUUGUUUAACAAUACCAAUGCAAGGUUAAAUUUAAGUAUGUUAAAUCAACUUCUACCAUGUAUGUCAAGAGGCUAUUGUUUCUAACUGUAAUAAUGAAGCGAAUAAAAUGAAAUGUUUUUUGAGUUUCAAAAUGCAUAGAUUCUUUUGCAUAAAACUAUUCAAUGAGAAUAUGCAAAUACAUGCGAGAAAAAAAAGGUUUUUCUUUAAUUAAAGUGUUUAUAAUCUUUACCUUAUACAUGGUUAACAAUCAAGACAGAUUUAUAUAAUACAUUUUUAAAUUUUGAUUUAUAUUAUGUCCAUACAAAACAUGUUCUGUCAAUUUAUGUUAUAUUGUCUUUGCAGAGUCCAACUUUCAGUUAAAUAGACAUUAACCCAUUUAUGCCUAGUGGACUCUCCCAUCCUUCUAAAUUGGAUCAAUUUAUUUCCAAAAUUAGGGAUGUCUAGUAUAUUUAUUUCUUUAUUUAGAAUAUUUCUUACAGAAAUUCCUUUUAAGCAAACAGCGCAGACCCUGAUGAGACGCCGCAUCAUGCGGCGUCUCAUCUGGGUAUACACUGUUUGCCAAGGCCUUUUUUUUAGACGCUAGCUAGGCGUAAAUGGGUGAAAUCUUGUGAUAGUUUUAUUCUUUAUCAGCCUAUUAUCAUUUCAUGUUGUUGGCGUCAUAUUGAUGUCUGUACAUUACAUUAGAUAUGAGCCUCGACCUGUGAAAGCAGGGUUGAAUGCAUGCGCAGAAAGUGUUGUCCCAGGUUAGCCUGCACAGUCUGCACAGGCUAAUCAGGGAUGACAUCUUCCGCUUUUAUGAUAUUUUUCCAUUUUUUCGAAGAAAGUCUAAAUAGCAAAAAUCAAGUUUCGGUGGAAAUUGUUGUCCCAGAGCCUGUGCCGACUGCACUGGCUUAUCUGGGAUACAACAUUACGCACAUGCAUUUAACCUCUUUUUAAAAAAAGCAAAGCUCAUAACAGUUUUGUUUGUAAGUUGUUUGUUUUUAUCCCGGUAAAGUUUCCUUGGCAACGAUUUACAUUUUAGUGAUUUGUUAAAAUUGUUGAAUUUUCAUAUAUCUAUCUUUAUAUGUUGUGAAAUAUUUUUUUAAUAAAUAGAUAUUCUGCUUUUGACCUGUAAAUGGCUUUGAGUAUGCGGUUUAUUCUUGUAAACAUUUAAACGUGAACUGAACAGUACACUGCUAACCCUUUCCCCCAUAUGAAGCAAAGUGAAAAUGGCUAUGUGCAAACAGCACAAACCCAGAACUGCCUGCCAGUAACUCGCAGUCUGUUCAGGUUCUAUACUGUUGCUGCUCAUCAGUACCUUUAAAACUUGAAUCUUGUAAGAAAGGUCUUUUUUUGAAGCUAAAUUUCUAAGGGACUACAAAUUUGUCAAAAUAAGUAUCUAUGUGUUAAAGGUUUAAAGGAAAUCUUUGAGUGAACUCCUUAAAUAAAUGUAAAGGUCGCCGUGGUGUAAUGGAUAUGGUGUCCCUAGCGACUGAGAGGUCACGGGUUCGAUCUCCACCUUGGGAGCGUUCUUUAGAUCUCUCCCAAAAGACACCAAGUACUGGUUCUAGGCCCAGGAAACGGACUCGAGAGCGUUUCUAUAAGCCUUAGUCUUUCGAUGCAAUCGAGCUAAAAUAAAUAGGUUUAAACUAAGUAAAUGUUGGUCUCCAUCCUUUAUGCAUACAACUGAAUUUUAUUGUUUUAAGAAAUGUAUCUGUUAUAAGUUUUGUCUAUACAGGCAAUGCAGUACCGGUAUAUAAGUGCUACAAAUUUUUUAAUUUUCCUUCAUAUUAUUGUGUUUGUUGAAUUGUUGUUUUGUUUUUAGCUUGACUAUACACCAAAUAUUUUGAGUUACGAUACUCAAAAGUAGAGAGGGCAUAUUUUGGCGCAACCCUUUUAAGUUGUUAUUCUUGUUGUAAAACAAAUGUACAAAAUUCUUUAACUGUAUUUUCACAGGUUCUUUUAUAAUCAGAUAAAGUUUAACCAAUAAAGGUGUUUUUUGUGUGUAUGCUUUUUUUUCCAAAGUUUUCCGCAGAAUUUCAGUAAUACCUGAGCAGUCAUUAAUUUAAUUAAUUAAACAUAUUCACACUUACCCUAUGCCAGCUGGUUUACCAUUACUGUGUGUACAUACUUAUUGUCCCCUACUGGUUUCACCCAAGGGGACGUAUGGUUUGCGUCUGUGUGUCUGCCAUUCCGUCAGUCUGUCACACUUUUCUGGAUCCUGCGAUACCUUUAAAAGUUCUUCAUAUUUUUUUCAUGAAACUUGAAACAUGGAUAGAUGGCGAUAUGGACAUAAUGCACGUCAUUUCAUUUUGUUCCUACGUCAAAAAUUCUGGUUGCUAUGGCAACAAAUAAAAAAUAAUUUAAAAAGAAAAAGAAAAAGCUCUGACAAUGGUGGAGCCGGUAGGGGACAUAUCGAGGGCUGAACGGAAGACUGUCGUGACUCAUAUUAAAUAAAGGAGAUAUGACAGUUUUCCGUUCAGCCCUCGAUAUAUUGCUUGGCAAUGGUCUUGUUGCAUAUGUUAUGGUAGUAACUGAAAAAUGCCCUACUUGAUUCAGAGGCUUUAAUUUCAAAGUAUAUUAAUUAAUACAGAUUGUAAUACAGUCAGUUUUUGUGAAUGGAAAUAAAUCAUCUUUCUGUGAAUAACAACAGCUGUCUUGUUCUAAUUGAGACUGUGUAUCACAAACAUGUUGUAGUUUAAUUUAGUAAUUUUGCAGACAUAAAUACUACUUUUGGUGUUAACCAAUAAAAAUCAUCAAAACAUCUGUGUUUUGCAGUAUGAAGUUUGUAUAACAAAAAAAGUCAUUUAUGUUGUGUCAUUAUAUUUAUUAUUCUUAUUAUAUGUCCUUUAUUUUAUUUAAAAAUACUUGCUCUAAUGUUUUGCAUAAGCUAUGAUGAAGUUCUGUGUGUACAAUAGUUCCAAAAUAAUGAAAAUAAAUUUUUAUGUAAAUGUAAUUUGAAUGUUUUUUAAAUUGACCUUGAUAAAAGCAAACACAGAAAACUUAAACUAUCCAUAUUUGGAUAAAGAGUAUUAUUAUAUAUUAUAAUAAUAUUGGAAGUAUUAUUUAUAGUGCUAAAUUUUAUCAUUGAAAUAGAUUUGAUGGAAAUCUUCUUGUCUUAUUAAUCUAGUUUGGACUACAUAUAAGUUUCUGCUUAUUAGUACAAAGAACUACAAUUUUUCACACAAAAAACAUGUUCAUUGUUUAGCAUACAGUAAUAGUACUAAAUACAAAGUGCUCAAGUUAAGAUAAAUAAAUAGGUGAUCUGAUGUUUUUUACUUCAUGAUAACCUGGAUUUCAAUAAUUCCUCAACAAACUUAUUACUGCCAAUCGUGUUUGAUGCAGUGAAAACUUUGUUUCAUAGACUAAAAUUGAUCUUGUUUGAAAGGACCUGUGAAAAUGAACAUCGGUUUUAUGACAAACUUGUUACUUUCCUUAUUGAACAAGAUAUUUACUUAUAAUAUCUUUUAUUAAAAUCAGCAUUUUUAUUGUUUAAUGGCGAUCUUCUUUUAUAUAUCAAAUACAUAUGGGCCGUGCUCUGUGAAAAGGGAGUUAAAUGCAUGUGCGUAAAUAGCCGUCCCAGAUUAGCGUGUUAAGUCUGCACAGGCUAAUCAGGGACAACACUUUCCACUUUUAUGAUUUUUUUUCGUUUAAAGAGUCUCUUUUUAGCAAAAAUCCAGUUUAGGCAGGAAGUGUCAUCCCUGAUUAGCCUGUGCGGACUGCACAUGCUAAUCUUAAACGACACUUUAAGCAUAUGCAGUAAAAGCUGGUUUUUUUCACAGACCACGGCCCGAAUAUUUGGUAUGUAAUGGUACUUGGGAUAGAAAUGUUUUUAAUUGUUUGUAUGUUCCUUUUAUUACUCCUGACAGGAGUCAUGUGUAGUAGGAAUACAUUUAUUCUAUUAAUCAGGGAUUAGCAAAUUUAAUGUGCAAGUUUGUUAUCCAAGUUUUACAUAUUUUCAUCCUUUAUUUAUAAAUAAGAACUAAGUAUGCACGUUUCUAUACGAGUACCAAGUAAUUUAAUGUUGUUGUUUUUAUGUCCCCCACCCACUAUAGUGGGGGACAUAUUGUUUUUGCCCUGUCUGUUAGUUUGUGUGUUUGUUUGUUUGCCCCAACUGUAACAUUUUCAAUAACUUUUGCAAUAUUCAAGAUAGAAACUUGAUAUUUGGCAUGCAUGUGUAUCUCAUGGAGCUGCACAUUUUGAGUGGUGAAAGGUCAAGGUCAUCCUUCAAGUCCAAAGGUCAAAUACGGUAUAUGGGUCAAAAUCGCUCAUUUAAUGAAUACUUUUGCAAUAUUGAAGAUAGCAACUUGAUAUUUGGCAUGCAUGUGUAUCUCUUGGAGCUGCGCAUUUUGAGUGGUGAAAGGUCAAGGUCAAUGUCAUCCUUCAAGGUCAAAGGUAAAAUAUAUAGCUUCAAAGCGGCGCAGAAGGGGACAUAGUGUUUCUGACAAACACAUUUCUUGUUUGUCGUAUAUUUAGCACUGUAAAGGUGACAAUUACAAGAUUACAAAUAGGAAAAUUAAUGCCUGAAGCCACUGGUAGACAUUUUCUUUCUGUCAGUGUAGCCUGACCAGCUUUCGUUUUACAAUUUUUCUCUUUUUUUUUGCUCUUUAAAUAUUGAAGCGAAAUGAAUGAUGUUUCCAAAUUUAAUUUUCUUUACUUAUUAUCAUUUUAUGUAUGUCGUAUAGACAAAAAUUUGUAAUCCAAUCAUCUGCAUUAUUUAUAUCAUGUUAUUUUAAGAAUACAAUUCAUACAUACAUUGAUUUAUAUAUACGUGUAAUUGUUAUUUUAUACUUUUUGUGCCUAUUGUACAUGUAUUGAAAUUGUUUUUACACAAUUAAUUUUCCAUGAGAAGCUAUAUGGCCACAGCUUGGUGGAUUUUGAGCACUGUAAGAUUAUGAGUCAUGUUCUGAGAAAACUGGGCAUAAUGCAUGUGUGUAAAGUGUCGUCCCAGAUUAGUCUGUGCAUUCCACACAGGCUAAUCAGGGACGACACUUUCCGCUUGUAUGAGAUAUUUCAUUUAAAUGAAGUCUCUUCUUAAGGAAAAUCUAAUUUAGGCGGAAAGUGUCGUCCCUGAUUACUCUAUGCCACUGCACAGUCUAAUCUGGGACGACACUUUACACAUAUGCAUUAUGCCCAGAUUUCUCAGAACACGACUCAUAUUAUCAGAUCACAAUAGUUAUUGAUUUGAAUAAAAUCAAACGAAUUCUUCAAAUUAGAGCCUGGUCAGUGUUUUUAGUAUGUGAUCUUUUUAUUGAUUUGGUUUUAACAUGAAAACCAUGUGAUAUUCUGUCUAUUUUGUUUUAAUUGUGUCACUCUCACGGAAGUGUGUUGCUGUAUCAGAUGUUGUGAUACCUUGGAAACAGGUUCAUAGCUCCUUGAUGUGUGUGAAUUGAUUGUUGAUUUGUGUCUAUUACUUAUGUUGUUACUUAUGUCACCUCCUUCAGAUAUUACGCAAACCUAGAUUGAAUAAUACUUGGCACAAUUUCUCAAUUGAUGGUAUGCGUAUUUAUUUGUACUUAACUAUUGCCACAGAACUCUAUUGGAUACCGUGUCAUCUUCAACAAUAGCUAUGCCAGAUUAUAGGACACAACUAUCAAUAAAUAUAACUGACAAUUUUACAACUCACAAUAAAUGUCACAGACUUUGUCAUGUUUCAAUGAAUAUCACAGACUAAGUCACAACUCAAUAAAUAUCACAGAUUAAGUCACAAAUCUCAAAUAAAUAUCACAGAAUAAGUCACAACUCUCAGUAAAUAUCACAGACUUUGUCACAACUCAAUAAAUACCACAGACAAAGUCACAACUCUCGAUAAGUAUCACAGAUUAAGUCACAACACUCAGUUAAUAUCACAGACUAAGUCACAAUUCUCAAUAAAUCUCACAGGCUAAAUCACAACCCUCCAUAAAUAUCACAGAAUAUGUCACAACUCUAUAAAUAUCACAGACAAAGUCACAUCUCUCAGUAAAUAUCACAGAAUAAGUCACAACUCUCAAUCAAUAUCACAGACCAUGUCACAACUUUAAAUAUCAUUUAUAGACCAUGUGACAACAAUAAAUAAAUAUGAAAAAUAAUUUAACAAUUUACGAUAACUGUCACAGAUUUUGUGAUAUCUAUCAAUAAAUAUCAUAAACUAUGUCACAACUAUCAAUAAAUAUUAUAAACUGUCACAACUAUCAAUAAAUAUUAUAAACUAUGUCACAACUAUCAAUAAAUAUUAUAAACUAUGUCACAACUAUCAAUCAAUAUUAUAAACUAUGUCACAACUAUCAAUCAAUAUUAUAAACUAUGUCACAACUAUCAAUAAAUAUUAUAAACUAUGUCACAACUAUCAAUCAAUAGCACAGACUAUGUCACAACUAUCAAUCAAUAGCACAGACUAUGUCACAAGUCAUCAUUAUUGAUAACUAACACUAACUAUUAAUAACACUCACAUUCUAUGUCACGAAUAAUCAAAUACAUGUUUUUUACAAUUUAUUACAUUUAAUAUGUUAUGGUAAUUCUUAACAGUCAUAUAUAAAUAUAUUAUUAAAAAAAAAUUAUAACACAGUUUCCAGCGCAUUCUUUAAAAUAUUUGGAACCUUUCAAGGUUUCUGCAAGUACCACAGACUUGAGCUGUUUGUUUGGGAGGAUGCUUUAUUGAAUUUCAUGAUUUCCUUAGCAUGACCUCUGUAUGGAGGGGUGCUAUAGCAUGACCUCUGUAUAGAGGGGUGCUUUAACCCUUUAGAAGUUACUGUAUUCAAGUUUUGAAGGAUUCAUUUCCAACCCUUAGAUUCUGAUGAGCAACAAACAGCAUAAGACCUGAACAGACUCUAAAACUUGAAUCUAGUAAGAAAGGUCUUUAAUUCAAUUUAACUUUCCAAGGGACUACAAAUGUGUAAACAUAUGUAUCUUAGUGGUAAAGGGUUAAAAGAAAAUCUUUUUGCCUGGUUUUCAGUUAUCUGUUAUUAGAUGACAGAGGGAGUGGCAUGAUAAAGAUGGACUAAAAUAUCAUGUGGUUUUCCAUGUUUGUAUUUUCAUAGUACCUAACUGGUUUAGGUGAACAGUGUCAUGUUCACUCGUAUUAUUCUCCCCAUGUCGCAAUACAUGCGCCAUAGUACCAUGUGAUACAUGUUGUUUUGUAGCCUAUGUGAAGCCAAGUUUUCAAACAAUUUACUUGCAAAAUAAAAUUUUAUAAAGUGUU